AUGACUCAGGAGAGUUCUUCCUUUGAGGACAAUGCUGCUAUCGAAAGGAGUAUCCGCUAUAUGUUUAAAGAGAAAAAAAUUCCUGGAUCUCUUUCAGAAAAUGUCAUCUCACAGAAAAUGGAUCAUCAGAAACAGCUCUUUCCAUGUGAAACGUUGUGCCAGGUGUGCCCAGAGCACCCUAAACUUGAUGAGGCUGUUCUAGUUACCAAUAAAGCGAGGAUUGUCAGCAUGAUGGGAGUGAUUGAGAAUGUUUCAACACACCAUAGAUCGUGUCCUCAGUGCCACAUGGUCUACAGAUACCAGGAGUGGACAGAUGGGCUUCACAACUUUGACAACCACGUUGUGUUGUCUCUUGAACUCUGCCUUUUUUUGAGAGAAAAUCUGCAGAACCAUGUAUCGGCUUCAAGGGUCAUUGACUCAUUGGAGGGCUUAAGAAGAGUGAAGUUUCCUUCUAGGGAUACCAUUUUUCAUGCUUAUUGCCAUUUUGAGGCUUUGACUGACACAGACUACAUGUACUCCUGCAUAAACUGUGGGUUUCACCCCCCUGUGGUAGUUAUGGACUUACACAGAAAAGGGGUGUUCAAGUUAGCAGUGAGUGACCUCAAAGCCCCGGAAGACUUCAAUGGUGAACAUGACAUUGAAGGUUUUUGGAACUCUAUUCACCUGGAAAUGAUAAGCCGUGGGUUUUUUCCAAGCGGCGUGAAGAAUCGAUUUUCAGUUCCACCAAGUUACACGCACUGGGCACCAUGGAUCGGGAGUGAAACUCGAACAAGUGACAUUGUGCUUAACACAGAGUUUCAAAAAGUAGGAACAAGCUCUUCACAUGAAGCAAAGCUUAGCAGUGUCACAGAAGACCGUCUGUUGGAUGAACUCACCAAACAAAAGGUUGGAGUGGUGAGAAAAUUGUGUAAAGCCUGCAGCAUCGACUCCAAAGGCUCCCGCUUUGAUCUCAUCACCAGACUGAAGGAGAAGAUGAAGAGCAGGCAGACAUAUGAUAAGGUCUUUCAAAGCAUAUGGGGGGCCUCUGGAGGAUGGUCUGUAAUACUAUGUCCACAUGGCAUUGUAUACAGUGUUAAAUUUAAUCUUCGUGCUGAAAGUCCCCGGGAUUUUGCUGACCUUCUCCUGUCCUGGAAGCACAUGCCAAACGUCUGUGUUCACGAUUUUGUCGACUGGCUGAGCCCACUGAGGAAAAUGUCAAGGCUGCACAGGAUGGAAGCCUGA